GCUCUGACGCUUGUCGCUCUCAUUGCAGCCAGCUAUUUUUUGUUCCUUUUGCAGAUACUGAAAGUGUGAAACAUACAACAUGGUAAAAGGAAAGAUUACUGGACUCUCAGUUAAAGAUGUCCGGUUUCCAACCUCACUGGGUCAUCACGGCUCUGAUGCUAUGCACACAGACCCUGAUUACUCCGCAGCGUAUGUUGUCAUAGAAACUGAUGCAGAAGAUGCUUUAAAAGGCUGCGGUUUAACCUUCACUUUAGGAAAAGGCACAGAGAUUGUGGUUUGCGCUGUCAAAGCACUGUCUCGUCUCGUGGUCGGACGAAAUCUUGAAGACAUUGUAACUAAUUUCAGAGAUUUCUACAGACAGCUUACAAGUGACGGACAACUCCGAUGGAUUGGUCCUGAGAAGGGGGUGGUACAGUUGGCUACCUCUGCUGUGCUCAAUGCAGUGUGGGAUUUAUGGGCCAAGCAAGAAAGGAAGCCUCUUUGGAAGCUGUUAGUUGAUAUGACUCCAGAACAGUUGGUGUGCUGUAUUGAUUUUAGAUAUAUAACGGAUGCAUUGACUGAAGCACAAGCACUUGAAAUUCUUCAAAAUGGAAAACAAAGACAAGAAACAAGAGAGGAACACAUGUUAAAGAAUGGAUACCCAGCAUAUACUACAUCCUGUGCCUGGCUUGGCUACUCAGACAUACAGCUUCAAAAGUUAUGUGCUGAUGCACUAAAGGAAGGCUGGACAAGAUUUAAAGUAAAAGUUGGGGCUGAUUUACAAGAUGACAUUAGAAGAUGCAAGCUUAUCCGGGACAUGAUCGGACCUGACAAUAAACUGAUGCUUGAUGCAAACCAGAGAUGGGAUGUAAAUGAAGCGAUUUCCUGGGUAAAAGAAUUAGCUUUGUUCAAACCCCUAUGGAUUGAGGAGCCAACAUCACCAGAUGAUAUACUUGGUCAUGGAACCAUUUCCAAGGCUCUAGCACCCCUGGGAAUCGGAGUUGCUACAGGAGAACAAUGCCACAACAGAGUAAUGUUUAAACAGUUCCUACAAGCCCAUGCCCUUCAGUAUCUCCAGAUCGACAGCUGCAGACUGGGAAGUGUGAAUGAAAACCUUUCUGUUCUGCUCAUGGCCAGGAAAUUCAAUAUUCCGGUCUGUCCUCACGCUGGAGGAGUUGGUCUCUGUGAACUGGUUCAACAUCUGAUCAUAUUUGAUUACAUCUCAGUCUCAGGAAGCCUAGAAAACAGGAUGUGUGAAUAUGUGGAUCAUCUGCAUGAACAUUUUAAACACCCAGUGACUAUCCGCAAUGCAGCUUAUAUGCCUCCAACGGAUCCAGGAUAUUCCACUGAAAUGAAAGAAGACUCUGUGUCAUCGUACCAGUUCCCUAGCGGAGCAAUCUGGCAGCAGCUAAUUCAUGAGAAAAAGGCUGAAAUUUAGAAAGUAUAGGCAAAGCUAAACACACGGCCUCAGACUUCUGGCAUAAGCAACUGAAAAAAUUCAUACAUA